AUGUCUUUAUAUAGAACUGUUGAAGACACGUUUAAGUCACCAUAUUUACAAGUGAAAGACUUGUCGUUAAAACUCAGAAUUUGGCAGCAGUAUUAUCUGGAGAUAGUUAGAAAUUAUCAUAAGAAUAUCCUAGCUCCUUCAAACAUACUCUUGGUUAUUGUUGAAUUUUGUUUUGUCACCUUACUGACAAUAUGCGGAGUGCUAUACUAUAUUCUCCAGUCUGAAAAAGAAUGUGAUAUGUCGAUAUAUGUGGAAUGUAUAUCCUUCAUACUGAUAUCCUGCUCCAUGAAUCUUCUAUGUGACAGAGUUAUGCGAUCGAUUCUUGGAAGCAUCGUUACGUAUGUUCUUGUGCUGUUCCAGUAUAAGACUUUGUUGCAGAGAGCUCUAAAUAAUACAUGAAGCUCUAUAUGGU